AUGACUCCAGCUCGAGGUGCUAAUAAGAGAGUGUUUCUCCUAACACACCCGAGAACCGCUUCAAAUCUCGUCAUCCGAAUCCUGAACUUAGAGAAUCAGCCAGGCGUCUGUGGUCUGGGUGGGAACACAGAAAGCUCCGACAACAAUGGGUACUUUUUCCUGCCGACCAUGCCACGCCGACUGGAACUCGCCGAUCGACGCUCUGAAGAUUUGGCCGAAGAAGAACACGCAGAUAUGAAGCGUUGUCUUGAAGCUUGUACAGCCGAGGUAGUCCGGCACGUGGAAUCCGCAGAGGCCGAAGGUAAGAGUAUUUGUGUGAAAGAACACCUCAUGAGGAUGCUAUCGCCUACAGCAAAGGCUUUGGUCAAAGGGAGGGUAACGACAGAGGGCCGUAAUGCGAACAUUCCACAGCAGGAAACAGGGGAAGGUCAGAACAAGAGUCUCACAAAGGAGAGGGAGGCACAGAACCAGACAGUCCUCCCUGAUGUUUUCCUGCUUUCUAGGAAGGUUCGAAGCCGCUCUGGGAAUGAUGGGCAGUCCACCUUGUCGUGGCCAAUCAUCCUAGACGCCGACGACGUUAUUCUUCACCCGAGCGUCAUCAGACGAUAUUGCGGGAUUGUCGGGUUGGACCCAGACAAAUGCCAAUUCAAAUGGGAGUCUGCCACUGCUGAAGAGCAGCAAAGAUUAAAUGCCUUCGAAAGAAGGAUGAAGUCGAGCCUGUUGUCCUCGACUGGCUUGAUCAAAGAAGGGAAAACCGCGAUCGGGUUAGACAUCGAGCACGAAGCACAGAAGUGGAAAGCCGAAUUUGGAGAAGAGGAAGCCAAAAAGCUUCUAUCGCGGGUCAAAGAUGCCAUGCCGGAUUAUGAGUUGUUGAGAGAGAGGCGACUGUCAGAGGGAGAUGGAUGA